AUGACUGAGCUAGAAACUACCCAAGAUCGUGUGGCGCCCUCCAAUGCCGAGCGAUGCGUGAAGGCUAUGAAAGCAAUGGACAAUGAAGGUGAUACACCCGUGGAACAGGUCACCCAAGAAUCAGCCGAGGCUCUCGGAAAGGCCAUGCAAGGCCUCAGUGUCCAACAGGCUCCUACCCAAAAAGCAGCCCCUCCCCCAUCUAGUCGGGUCAAUGCCGCCGGCGUUACACUUAUUAUGGAGGAAAUGGAGGUUACAAAAGCUAAGGCAACGGACGCUUUACGCGGUUGUGGUGGAAAUGUCGGUGAAGCCUUGAGAAAACUCAUGCACGCUUAUUAG